UUCCGUAGGUCACAAUACUUCAAGACCUAUCCACAAUUACAACUGUAAAGAAUUGAUACCAUUAGCUUACUGUACACAGAUAGUAGACACUACAAACUGUUUGAAUGGUGGUGAUCUUUGUCUAGAUGAUUACAAAUCUUAUGAAUUCAGAUUGUUGGGGAAGUGCGAGAAUAACACAUGGGCUACAGGAAAGUUUGUUGUUCCUCUCAACGAUACCUACGCCAAAAUGGAACCGGUUGAAGACAUCAUCGUUUCUCCAACAUCGAACACAUUUGGGAUUAGAUGGAAGUUCAACAAACCACUCUUUAUGUACGACAGUCCUGAAUACAUUUGUCAGUUGGCUGUAGAGUCUCAAGCUCAGGCCUAUAACAUAACACUUAACACAUCACAAACAACAGUGGCUACUAAUAUAUCUGGUGUGAUGCCUGGAACAUCUUAUACAUUUAGAAUUAAAUGUCGCCCAGAGAAGUCUAUUAUUUGGAGCGAGGAAUCUGAAAUUCAAGCUACCACUGAAUAUACAGUUCCCCUAACUGGGCCAUCGCUAAUUUCCGGUGGAUUUGUCACGAAGAAAGGAAAUUUAUACAUUUAUUUCAAGGAACCAGACAACUAUAAUGCACAGGGAAAUAUUUCAAAUGUACAAUUGACCUUACAAAGUUUAAACUCGAAUGAUACCAUGACAACAACUGUCCAUGAUACAAACACAGCGGAUAUAAAGACUUGUUGGGCAUCUGGAAAUGCUGGAUUUAGACUAAAUGCAGCUGUAAAGAAUCAAAUAGGAUGGUCUCACACUGUUACAGAAAUCAUAUUCUAUCCAGAUAAUGAUGUAAACAGACCAUCGUAUGUCAUUGUGGAGGUCAGCAAAACAAUAAACUCUUUCACCAUUAGUUAUGAGGGGGAUAUCAGUCCUUCAAAUAUAACAUAUAUUUGGUGCCGUGGACGUAUGGAACAGGAGUCUGGAAUUGUUUUAUGUGAGGAAGAUGUUGACUGGAAAUAUUCUACAAAUGUAACGUUUACUGGAAUACUCGAUAGUCAGUUCAGUGAAAGUUGGCAUUUUGGAAUGUCUGUUUCAAUGGGUAAAAAUGAUUCUGGCAUCGUAUGGGAAGAUUGUAUAUUUCAUCAGACAGAAAGGGAUAAUGAAAAGGUAAUGCCGGCAAUUAACAAAAUUGGUACCACCUUUAUCGUGUUAAUAAUUCCAAGAAGCUUCUGUCAGCCAAAUGGAUACAGACCAUUACAGCACUUUGUUCAAUACGGACCUUUAAAUGACCAUGUGACAAAUAAAACAACAUGGAAAGCUUCCAGUACAAGAAACAAGAUAACAAUUGAUGGACUGACGUCAAAUACUGUCUAUAAACUAGUCUACACUACACAAUAUACCUACGGAACAAAUCUUCCAGUUUCUUUCAAAGUGACAACAUUAACAGAACCAAAGGACUCUGUAGUAUCGAAUAGCGUUGUUAUCUUGGUGACCUGUUUAGCUGUCGGGUUAGUGGGAUGUGUACUUUUAGCGAUCAGAUUUAAAGAUAAAUUAAAAGACAUCUGCAAAUGUUUGUGUUAUAAACCAGACAUAGAAGCGCCAAUCAUACCCAUCAAUACUAUCUCCAGACAGAUCACGACAGGUUGGUUCCAUGGCAAAAGAAGACAUUCAGACGCUAGAGUGUGUACUGUCCUUAUAUUUAUUUGCAAUGUCAUUUAGAAUCUUUGUGAAAUACUUUAGGAAUUUCCUAUGCAAUUUCUCAGCCAGAUUUGUGUACUGUGUAAUUGUAAUACAUCAUUUCCUUUUAAUAAAUUUAUGACAUA